AUGGCUUCCCCUAGCGUUCUCACUUUUGACACUGAUGGUGGGGCAGUGGACUUUGAGGUCUGGGUAGAUGAUCUACAGCUUUUUCUGCAGUGCGAUAGGGCAGACGGCCUCUCCCUCUUUGACCUCACUUCUGGUGCCUCCCCUGCCCCUGCUGCUAAUGCUGACGCCACUGUUCGCUCCCAGUGGGCCACACGUGAUGCUGCUUCUCGCCUUGCUGUUCGCCGCCACUUACCGACCACUGAGCGUGCGCACUUUAGCCAGUACAAGAGUGCUCAGACCUUGUACGACGCUGUAGUUGCACGCUACUCUUCCCCUGCCACUGCUGCACUGAGCCGCCUCAUGCUUCCCUUCCUCUUCCCUGACCUUGCUGCCUUUCCAACUGUCGCUGACCUCAUUACGCACCUCCGCACUCUUGACACUCGCUACCGCGCUGUGCUUCCUCCUGAGGACCACUUCCUCUCUGUUUGCCCCACCACUCUCACCGUUGACCUCCUCGAGAAGGCCCUCUUAGCAAUACAGAAGAGCAUAGUCGCUGUAGGAGCCUCUCGUGGUGACCCUCGCACCCCCGUCUUUGAGGGGUGUUCUACCUCCCCCCUCUUGCCCUCUGUCGCCUCUGCUGCUGCGGCUGACCUCGUUGGUUUCGAGUCGGUCGGCACUGCGUCUGCUCCGAGUGGGAGACGCCGCACCGGCAAGGGCGAGGGGGGCAAGGGCUCUGGAGGGGGUGGAGGGGGCGGUGGAGGUGGUGGUGGAGGCUGCGGAGGUCCGCACUACACCCAGCGCUGCUUUGGUCGCCUGACGGACGCGUGGCGUCGCGAGUUCCCUGAGGCGUCAGAGAUCCCUCGCUGGGGAGAUCUGGCCAAGGCCGGGGUUGCUAUCUUUGAUCUUGACUUUGAUGCAAUUCUUGCUGCCAUGUAUGCUGUUGCUGAUAGUGUUGAGGGUGCCUGUUACCUGUGUGUACCGCAUGACCCGGGCAUUGAGGCUACUGCGAUAGGUGCUGGUGAGACUGCUGCUCUUUGUGCUAGUGCGUCUGCACCCUCUGGUGCUGGUGAGUCUGCUCUCUCAGCCCCCUCUGGCACCCUGUCUGGACUCUACCUCCCCUCGUUCUCUGCGAAAGUGGUGAGUGGAGCGGACCUAUAG